AUGUCAAGUUAUUUGGCAACCCUGAGUACUAAUGAUAUAGGCCAUGGCAUGGUCAUGAGCCUUAUCAAUCAGAAGUUGUCAGAAGAAAAGAUCGAUGGGAUAAGUCUUUUUCUGACCCAUAAUGGCAUAUUGCCAUAUGGGAGAGUGCCACAGUGGCUAUUAGAAGGUCACAAGAUAGAUCAUGUGAGAACACUCAGGGUAUGUAGGGUCGCGAGCGAACCAAUUGCAUUUGAUGUUGAUGAAUGGUGGCGUUUAGAUACCAUAGGCAUCGCCCCAUCCGAGCAAUACACUGUCUGCGAAGCGGAAGCCAUGCGAAAGGUUUCGCAGAGUGUAACGAAGAAGCCUGAAGGAUAUCAGGUUAGCUUACGUCCGUCAGAAGGUAGGCCAGAAACCAACUUUAGAAAUGCUGUAGCACAGCUGGAUUCGUUGCAAACCAAAUUUCAGGAAGACAAGGAAUACUAUGAUCAAUAUCAGGGAGUGAUUGACAAAUACCUAGAGGCAGGAUUUAUAUAUGAAGUAAAAGAUCCAAAAAUAGAAGGAUACUACAUGCCGCAUUUCGGCAUUAAAAAGGCUAGCCGCACGACCCCCCUUAGAAUUGUAUUCAAUGCCUCAUCCAAAGCUAAGAAUAAUAAAUCCUUAAAUGAAUGCCUGUUACCUGGGCCUAAUUUAGUAGAGCUGGCCUAUAAUUUGUUUCGAAUGAAUAAAUACGCCAUGCUUGCAGACAUAAGCAAAGCAUUUCAUAGAGUACUGUUAGAUCCCCGUGAUGCCAAAUAUACAAGAUUCCUGUGGCGAGAGGUAGCAGGUCGAGCGCUGACCUUCGCUUUCAGAGUCGUGGUGUUCGGCAUCACGGCUAGUCCCUUUUUGUUGCAAGAAGUGUUGAGUCAUCAUUUUAAGUUAAAAGGAAGACCUGAAUUAAGCAAGUCCUUUUAUGUUGAUAACUAUGACACUUAG